GUGUUGCUGGCAGGAGAGACUGGACCUCUGAAGUGGCUGGUCACAAACCCUGGCCCCGGAUCAGAACCCUGGAUCAGGAGCCAUCACGCUUCCUUCCCGAGUUGGAACCAGGACCGAACCGUAAGGGACAGACACUCCACCACCACACAGAACACAACCAGGGGACAGGUGGACUGAACAACCUCAGUCCUGGUGGUCAUCAGAGAGACAGAGGCUCCAGUCAGGGAUCCAGUCUGCAGCCCAGAACCUUCUCUUCGCAGUCUCAGUGUAGGGAUGGAGCAGGGCCUGGGGCUGAUAGAAAUAGACCCUCCUGUUCCUUUGAUACAAACACCACAGUAUCCAUGAUGAACAGAGCAGGUCACCCUGGGCUUCAGCUUUCACAGGGAAUGGUGGGAGACCCACCUGGUGGGGUCUGGGUUCAUAGAAAGCCUGGGUCUAGCCUUCCUCAGUUACCUCAGGAUUACCCCACCAAUACAGACAGGGUCAGGAUGGGUGUUCACCACAAGAGGUACCUAGCCUAUAACACAGCACAUAAUCCCAACAACACCCAAACAAUGGCUAAAGGUCAAGGAGGGAGCUCAAAGACUAACCACCUGAGGGUGGUGGCUCCUGCUUCUACCUCUUCUGGUGUCAUUGGGUCACAACGUGGGAGGCUGAGCAUUAGGACGGACAGCGACAAACCGUAUGCCUGCCCCACGUGUGGUAAGCGCUUUGCUAAGGUGAAAUAUGUGAAGCAGCACCAGACCAUUCACACCAAUGAGAGGCCCUUCAAGUGCAAACUAUGUUACAAGAGCUUCUCCCGCCUGAGUAACCUUAUCAGACAUAGGAGUGUCCACAAUGGGGAGAAAUCGUAGCAGUGUGUCUUGAGAUGUACACAGAGAAUAUCUGGGAACCAUUCUUUAGCUGAAAUAUUAUAGUGAUCAUGUAAAGUAGGGCUAGGCGGAAUAUUAUAUUUUACUAUAUACCAGUAGUUUGGCUUUUUACUUGUAUAACGGUCGUGUUAAGCCAGUGUUUUUAUAGUUUAUUCCGUUUGCUACUUGAGUUGUCUCCCUCUCCUUCCACACACACCAAGCCCUGCACUCGGUGUCACUCAAGGGAGAGCAUGUUUUGCUGCUACCACGAGUCACAACUACCACUUGCAAUGACAGUCUGCAUGGUCAAUGCAUUCUAUCAUUUCACUAUUCGUUUGUGUAUCUUACUGUCUGCAAACAGCUAGUUUGUCUUUUCUUAGCAAGGUGUGGUUAAAAUAAAUCGUAUUAGCUCAUGCUCAUCGCACCUAGUCAGAGAAAACGUAGCUAUCUAGCCGGAUACCUGGUGUAGGCCGAGAUCAGCAUGUUUGUGCAACGGUAUAUCCUAAAUCGAAGAGGAACAGGCAAAGCAUAAAUAUUUCAGCGACAGUAAGCGAAACAUUUCAUGUAACGUUAAUUAGGGUCCACUGGGAAACACUGACCAACACUGGUUCCUACCCUGUCACAAUGACCUUCCCUGGCUUUUUAAUUCGUUAUGUCAAACGCUGCAUUCAAAGUGACCACUAUAUUACAGAUUUUGUUUGAAGUUUUAUUAAACAGUAUAAAACCCAUCAGAAUGUACAAAGCCCCAUUUAUUUGCGUAUUUAGAAUUAGAAUUUCCUUCGAACAUAUAGGGUUCUGUUCUUGCCACCGAUAUGAUCUAGCCAGCCGUUCUUUUUAGGUAAUUUACUGCUCUGAGUUUGAAAGGGGUUUCACUAGAUAACACAGCCAAAGUCAAAAUUGUCUACAUCAUAAAAAUACAUGAAAAUAAAAAUUUGCUUUCUGGACUUAAUUUAAGGUUAGGCAUAAUGUUAGUGUUGUGGUUAAGGUUAGGUUUAAAAUCAAUGUUUAGAGAAAUUGUAGAAAUAGGCAGAGUUCAGCGAUAAUGACUUUUUAGCUGUGUACGCUAGAGAAAAUGAUUGAAAUAUACUAAUCAUGACUACGUUGAUGUGUAACGUAAUAAACAUUACCGUAAGUCAAUGAACAGCACGCACACCCUUUUUAUUUGCCACGCCCUUAGAGCCAUGACGCCAACCAAUAAUAUCCUUUCUCUAAAGUGCAAACGAAAGUAAACAGUGACCAAGAACAAUUUAAACUUGAGCGUUUUCUAUUGUUAUUUAGACGAUUAUUAACGACAUGGAACUCAAAAUAUGACUAAUUUAACGGCGAAGCAUCACAUACUUACCCCCAUGUAAUAUUUAAUUCGCGUUGGAGAGGACUUGGUUGAUAUAUGUUAUCUAGGUAAGGCUAGUUACUGUACCUGCUAACAAUGGCUAACGUUACUAACUGUAUGGUUUUUCACACUCAAAUAGCCUCCAUCAUGGAGGUGCUAGCGAAUGCAGCCGUGGCAGAUAUCUGUAAACUCGUAGACGACGACUAUGCAGUGUUUCGUUUGGAAAUAACUCAUAGCCAAAAAGAAAACAGGACAUUGCGGAGGAAACUACAGCUACUGGAACUGAAGUUGGAACAGGAGCGCGCAGAGAGGACAACGAGAGAGCGCGUCCUCGCCAGUCGUCCCAGUAGUGUCAAGAUCCUUGGUCGAUACAGAGGAAUGGCAAGAGGACAUCUCACUGGAGGCCACAGGAGCUUUGUGAAGCCAGCGGGACACAAUGUGUGGAGAAAUGACCAACCCAUAGUUAUAGAUGAGGGGAGUGGAACCUCAACCCAGCAUGUUAUCGUGAUCGAGUCUGCAGAUGUAGAGGCUGCAGGUCCUGGGGUCAAGCAGGAGAGGUCUGAAGGAGAGGAAGACCCACGGCACAGCGGAGACAUCCAGACUGGAGCAGCUGCCGGAGUAGCGCACCCUGUAAUAUAUAUAUAUUACGAAAUUUGGUUGUGCAUCAGCAGUUAAUCUUAUGUCAGUCACUGACUGCUGCUCAAUUAGCCCACAUCAGCUAACAUUUUUAAGAUUGGUAAGUUAGUCCAGCCAGCUAUCUAAACUUGUAGUGAUCAUGGUCAAAUUACCAACCAGGGGGCCCCCAUUGAUUUUGUUCGUCACUCUCACAUCAUAUUCAAAACUGCAAACAUUUCUCUCCACCCCAUCGCAAAAUGUGUAGAGUCAGGGAUCGCGACUCAGUGUCCACGUCGAUGGCACCUUCCGAUUCACACAGACCCGUCCUUUUCGUUUAGGUUUGAAAUUCAAUUUAGUAGGUAUUAAGAUGGUGCCGAAGAGGAUGGCUGAAUUUUUACAUGCUCCUAAUUGCUAUUUUGUUCGUUUUUUUGCGUUGUUGAACUUAUUUUGUAUAUAAUGUUGCUGCUACCGUCCCUUAUGACCAAAAAUAACUUAUCGACAUCAGAACAGCGAUUACUCACCUCGAACUAGAAGAAGCUUUUUCCUUUAACGAGUUCGAUGAGAAGGAUAUACUGCUUUCCCGGGAACAGGCCCAAAUCCCCGUCAUUUGCGUGAAGAAAAGAUGGAGGAAAGGGGGGCGCAGGUCGGGCUGCCUUCUGAGAAUCCGUAGGCGAGCGAGUAAACUCCCACUGCCAUGCGUUCUACUGCCUAACGUGCAAUCAUUGGAAAAUAAAAUUGAUGACCUACGAUUAAGAUUAUCCUACCAACGGGACAUUAAAAACUGUAAUAUCUUAUGUUUCACCGAGUGUUGGCUGAACGACGAGAUGGAUAAUAUAGAGCUGGCAGGAUUUUCCACGCAUCGGCAGAACAGAGAAGAAGCUACAUCUGGAGGAGGGUCCCGAGUUGCUGCUGGUGAAGGAGGAGGGGUGUGAGGAGGGUCUGGGGGACCCUGAGGGGAUCAUGAUCAUGGAGGACAACCAGACUACACCUCCUCCUGAGCUGCACAGUACCACACAUAGUCUCACUGAGUCAGUAGACAUGGAGGAUGGGAAGCCUGAUCUGCUGCUGGUCAAAGAGGAGACAAUAGAAGAUGGACCAGAGAGCAUUGAUCUGCUGAGUGGACUAAAGAUGGGGGAGCAAGGUGGUUGGCUAGAGGCUAACAGAGGAGACUGGGCAUCCAUCUUGGAUUCCCAGACCGGUCCAGCCACUGAGCAGUCAAGGACCAGAGGUGACAUAGUGGAGUCCGGUGGAUGGGACAGCGUCCUCAACUCAGGGCUGGGGAACAACGCUGUUAACCACAACCAGAAACAGACUGUCGAACACAAAACAACAACCAAACUUAGUAUACAUGACAACAGACUGGAUGAGACCAGGGCAAGGCGUAGAUUUGGUCUGCGGGGACGAGGAGGUGUAUAUAUGCAGCAGGAGAGAACAGAUACAGACUCAGCUAGCGAUGCUCCAUCCUGCUCCUAUAGUUGUGAUUCAGAGAGACUGAUGGCGCCUCAGGUUAACCCCCUAACAGAUGCUGCCUUCAGCCUGCCUUCUAUAGGAUCUAUCAACUGGAACAUGGACCCUGCGACAACACAGACACUCCCUGGCUUUCAUCCUCCUCACACUCUCCUGAUGUUAAACCAGACUUCAGACAAUGCCAGUGCCUCAACACUAAAUGGCUACACAAGCCCAUUGACAAAUGACGGUAAUAGUAACUCUAUUAGUAGAUCCGGUGGCAAAGAGAAGCGCUUUCUGUGUCCAUUCUGUGGGAAAGCUUUCAGUUUCCCCAAACAGGUGGAGAUCCACCAGAGGAUGCACACAGGGGAAAAACCGUUCGGCUGCCACCUGUGCCGGGCCAGUUUCUCCGACUCGUCCAACCUGAAGAGGCACCAGAGAGUCCACACAGGGGAGAAACCGUUCAGCUGCCCCCAGUGUGAGAAGAGGUUUUCCCACCAGCACCAUCUGAAGAAGCACCUGAAGGUCCACACAGGAGAAAGGCUGUAGGCACUGCGAGAAGAGGAUCUCAGAGAGGAGCUACCUCAGGAUACACCAGCAGAAAAUGCACACGGCCCAUGUACAUGUAAUGUAAUACUAGUUAGUUUGUAGUUAAUUCUGUUGGUUUUGGAUUUUUAUUUUAUUUUACCGUUAUUUUACCAGGUAAGUUGACUGAGAACACGUUCUCAUUUGCAGCAACGACCUGGGGAAUAGUUACAGGGGAGAGGAGGGGGAUGAAUGAGCCAAUUGUAAAUGUAGUAGGGAGCUGGAUGAGGUGAACUGAGGAAAGAAUGAGUAUGAUGAGGUAGAGUAGUGAUGUUGAACCUUUUACAAAGUAUUCUAAAAAUGUAUUUUUUUAUCAAAGGGAGGGUACCAGAUGUCCAGAAAAGGUAAAGUGAGAACAUAGUGAGAAGUUAUUAUACUUGUCACAGAUUGUUUUUAAAAGUAGGGUAGAGUGGGGUAAGUUGAGCCAUUUCAUACAUUCAGGGAGCUUGCAAUUGGCAUGGUGGCGGUGGGGUUAUUGUAUGGGCAGGCAUAAGCUACGGACAACAAACACAAUUGCAUUUUAAUUGUUGGCAAUUUGAAUACACAGAGAUCUGUGACCAACAGAUGCACAUCUGUAUUUCCUGUCAUGUGAAAUCCAUUGAUUAGGGCCUAUUGAAUUUAUUUCAAUUGACGGAUUUCCGUAUAUGAACUGUAACUCAGGACAUUUUUUGAAAUUGUUGCAUAUUGCAUUUUAUAUUUUUGUUCAGUAUAUUUCAGGAUGUUGUGUAUCCCUGGAAAUAAUCUGAAUGUAUUUAAACAUUACAGUUUUGAAAACAUAGGCCACUUUUUUUUAACAAGCUAUUGGCACAACUUACCCCGGGUAUGGGGUAAGUUGAGCUGCAGAACAGGGUAAGCUACACAUUUUUGUUCUGUACCAUUUUUAUUUACCAAACAACUUUUUGAAGAAAAAAAAAACAAAAA